CCGUUGGCCACCUUGUGUAUUUAACGUCGCCUCCCGCCAUCCCACCCACCUCUUUGGCUUUUAUCCACGGCUGUGGCUUCUUCAUUUUCGUGUUUUGUUUUUUGUUCUUACACGCUACAAGGGCUCUGCGUGACCCCCAAACCAUGUCGGAGAAGCUUAGUGAUGGCGGCCAGGCGCCGUCGCUCGAUACAAGUAACGCGCUUCACCAGGCUGCAGAGCGUGGACAGGCUGCGACAGAUCGAUAUGGCCAAUCGCUCGUGCAAUUUGACAGAGCUGCCGAGGCCAAGCUGCGCACAAAGAUUGACUUUUUCAUUGUGCCGACAGUGGCCAUGCUCUACUUGUUUUGCUUCAUUGACCGCGCCAAUAUAGGAAACGCAAAGAUUGCAGGCAUGGAAAAGGAGCUGCACAUGGUAAACUACGACUACAACAUUGUCGUCACGUCGUUUUACAUUUCAUAUAUCCUCUUUGAAAUCCCGCUCAACCUGCUCUGCAAAUGGAUGGGCCCCGGAUGGUUUCUCCCAGCGUCUACUCUGCUAUUUGGCAUCUCAUCGCUCGGCACGGCCUUUGUCACGACACAAGCACAACUCUGUGUCGUCCGCUUUAUCCUCGGCAUCUUUGAAGCUGGCCUACUGCCAGGCAUCGCUUACUACAUGUCGCGAUGGUACCGACGCUCCGAGUUAGGCUUCCGACUUGCCCUUUACAUCGUUAUGGCGCCUCUGGCCGGUGCUUUCGGUGGUUUGCUGGCGUCUGCCAUCCUCAAGCUCGACCACUUUGGCGGCGUUCACGGCUGGCGCAUGAUCUUUGCCAUUGAAGGCAUCAUCACCAUCGGCCUCGCCAUUAUUAGCUUCUUUACUCUUACCGAUAGACCCGAGACUGCGCGCUGGCUUUCACAGGAAGAAAAAGAUCUUGCUGUGGCCCGUGUCAAGUCUGAGCGCGUUGGCACCACCGCUGUUCUCGACAAGAUUGAUAACGUCAAGCUCGUCCGCGGCAUCACCAACCCCGUCACUAUCAGUACUGCUUUUGUCUUCUUACUCGAUAAUGUCACCGUCCAGGGCCUCGCCUUCUUCUUGCCCACAAUUGUCGCCACCAUUUAUCCCGACGCCGGUCUCAUCAAGCAGCAGCUCUACACCGUACCGCCCAACGUUGUCGGCGCCUUCUUCACAGUCGCCAUCCCACUGAUUAGCUGGCGCUACGACCGUCGACAGCUGCCUCUGGUCCUCUGUGCGCCGACCGUCAUGGCUGGAUUCGCCAUGUUCUUGGGCUCGACCGACGCCCGUGUCCGCUACGGGGCGACUUUUCUCAUUACGUCCUGUGCUUUCGCCAUGGGACCUCUUACCAAUGCUCAAGUUUCUGCGAAUGUAGUCAGCGACACGGCAAGAAGUGCUGCUAUUGGACUCAACGUCAUGAUGGGCAACAUUGGCGGUCUCAUUAGUGCCUGGUCGUUUUUGCCCUGGGACAAGCCCAACUAUCACAUUGGCAACGGCCUGAAUGUGGCUACCGCAGGAACUUGGUUAGCUGUGGCUGCAGCUACGCUGAUAUGGAUGAAUAAGGACAAUAAAAAACGCGAUGCUCGUGAUGUCGAUGAGGAGCUCCAGGGCCUCACGCCGAAGCAAAUCGAAGACCUCGACUGGAAGCACCCUGCGUUCCGCUGGAAGCCGUAAGAAUCGUCCAAAAACAAUUAGUGUUUUCUUUCCUAUUAGAAGAGGAAAUUUGUACGUAGCAUAUGAUAGAAAUUAACAAAUUGAACAGGAUUGAAAAUUGUG